GACUCAAGUCGCAUAUUCAGGGAAUAGCUCCAGAAUGGCGAACACACCGACACCGACCACCGCGCUGAGCAUGAAGCUCCUCGUCGACACCAAGGCCCGGCGCGUGCUGUUCGCGGAGGCGAGCAAGGACGUCGUCGACUUCCUCUUCUCCCUCCUCUCCCUGCCCGUCGGCACGGCCGUCAAGCUGCUCGGGAAGGAAGCCAUGGUCGGCAGCGUCGGCCGCCUCUACGGCAGCGUCGAGAAGCUCGACGGUACCUACGUCCAGGCCGGCGCCGCCAAGGACGCGCUCCUCCACCCCACCGUCUUCUCGGCGGCGGUCAGCAGCCAAAGCUCCCUGUUGGGCUUGCCGCCUCCGCCAUCCCCACAGCUCCCCCAACCCAAGACUUUCUACAGAUGCAACAAGCAGUGCAACUCGGGCAACUAUGGAUACAGCCAAGGUACUUGCAACAGUUGCCGUAGCUACAUCACAGACGCAUACGGCACCAGCUGUACGUCGUGCGGCGGCCAGAUGACCAAUCAGUUGACGCUCCUACCCUCAGCCGGGUCCGGAGGCCAGGUGGCGGCGAAGGCGACGGCUGUCGUCAGCGGCAAGGGGUUCGUGCAGGGCAUCGUGACGUACACGGUGAUGGACGACCUCGCCGUGACGCCCAUGUCCUCCAUCUCCAGCAUUACCCUGCUCAACACCUUCGCCGUCAAGGACCUCACCGCGCUCCAGGAGAAGACCGUGCCGCUCGGCUACAACGAGGGUCUGGAGAUCCUCAAGGCGUCGCUGCAGUCCAAGACCGUCCUCACCGACGUUUUCCUGGGAAAGAAGCCGCCCAGCAUUAUCCUCCACCCCACCGUCGGAUCGACGACGACGGCAAUCUCCGGUGUAGGUCUUCCGGGACCGGCGCUCGGUGACUUCCCGGUCGCGUGGGGUCUGCCUCCGAUCCAAGGCAUCAAGGGAGGCAGCUGCGACGGCGCGCCACCGACGGCUCCGGCGUGUCGCUGCCGUGGUCAACUUGCAGAGGGCUUGUGCUGUUUUUUGUUUUCGUUGGGGGCCUUUCUGUAAUAUUUCCGAAUUAAUGGCUUCUUCUUUUA